UUUGCAAAAUUGGACAAACCCUUUGCGACUUUGUACGACAACGAGAGGUCGUACCGACAAACAGGGCUCGGAAGGAAAGCACCAUCAGCGAAGAUGGUAUUAUUUCUUGCACCACGCAGCCUCAAAGGAAUAACUCAGAUAUUUCUAGUGAGGAACAAACUGUUCAAGGAGCUAAAACACAAAAGUCGGGACAGCGUUCGCUUAAUAAAUCUGCCACCGCACGACACAACAUCACUAGUCCAUCAACAACAAAACUAAAACUUACAACAUCACCUAGAAAAUCGCAUCGAAAAAAAGAAUUAUCACCGGAGCACAAUAAACAACGCAGUAACUCACCACCUCAAUUGGCACCAAAAGAAGCAUCGUCUACUGAUCAAUUGCCACCAAUUCAUGCACCAGCUUCAAGUAGUAAAAAUAAUUUAUUAACUCGGGUUCUGCGUCAAUUUUCAAAUAACGCAUUAAUCUCACGAGCCUCGCUUAAUACAAAGAACGGUGGCGGCAGCGGGCGCAGUUCACCACAAGCAGCAGAAGCAGCAACAUCAGCAGCAGCGGCAGUAGCAAUCCAGAACGAAGGGGAAAAUAAUAAUUGCAAUCUAGACAAACGGCGGCCGAUCGAAGACACAAGUGCAGUAGAAUUACUGUGCCCUCAGUCUACUGAGGUCACAAAACACAACAAUGAAGAAGAAAUGGAUGGUAAAAUGGAGCCAUCUUCAGACGUUAACAAAAAAGUUGGAGUAACAAAAGAUAAAUGCAGAAAAGACCAACAUCAGCCAGCAUCAAAGGAUAAUACGGAACAAACUGCUGUAGCAAUGCCCUCCAAAACAAAGAGAAUGGAUGCCAAAAAAUCAUCAUCUGAUACGGUGAUAGAGCCUCUGCUUAAGCAGCAGCAUCAGCAGCAGCACCAGCAGCAGCAUGCUUCAUCCCAGUCGUCCAAGAAUGCAACACCACCCAACAUGAAGGCGCCACAAAAUAAAGUGACGGCAAAUUUUGUACAAAAUAUGCGUUUUGUGCGUAAAAAUGUUGAGCAAUCGACCCGAAAUGCCAAUCCGUUGCAAUUUGUGGAACUUGAAACAGAAUUUCCACGCGACUACGAUGUCAACAUUGAGAUGUUAUCACGUGAGGCAGAGCAUUUGGAGGAACAAUUUCGUACACCAACACGCUCCAAUACAACGGACUCUAAUUCUCAUCAAGUAGCUGGAAUUAUUGAGAACAUCAUUUCAGAGGCCUCUCGAAGUCUAACAAUUGAAACGGUUGACGAUGAUGUGCCAUUAAGAACUUCAAAUAAGCAAAAUAGUGGCGUUAAGCGUGUUGGCUUUCAGGUCGAGGAAAAACAACUAACCGAGGACGAGCAGCAAGAGAAACAACCCAAAAGCAUUGACGAUCUCUCAAAGAAAUCAGAGAGUGUCGAGGUUAGCUCAGCUGAUGCACACACUGUUGGAACAUCCACGGAUGUAUCCGUAACACUGUUGCCUGCAACGUCAGCCGUAUCGACAACAUCAUCGGCCACAUCCAUAACAAAGAGCAAAAGCGAUGAAGAUGAUGAUCCCGUGGCAAUGUCACCGUGUGGACGCUUUUUCAAAUACGAUAAAGAGGUCGGACGGGGUUCAUUUAAAACUGUUUAUCGUGGUCUGGACACCCUAACAGGUGUUCCAGUGGCGUGGUGCGAAUUGUUGGAUAAGCAAGUGAAAAAGAGCGAACGCACUAGAUUCCGCGAGGAGGCAGAUAUGUUAAAGAAGUUGCAACAUCCUAAUAUUGUACGUUUUUAUACAUAUUGGGAGUUUCCGAUUGGCCGUAAAAAGAACAUUGUACUAGUCACAGAGCUAAUGUUAUCUGGAACUUUAAAAUCGUAUUUAAAACGAUUCAAGAAGAUACACCCAAAGGUAUUGAAGUCAUGGUGUCGUCAAAUUUUAAAGGGCCUCAAUUUUCUGCAUACUCGUCAAUUUCCUAUAAUUCAUCGUGAUUUGAAAUGUGAUAAUAUUUUUAUAACUGGCACCACUGGUAGUGUUAAAAUCGGUGACUUGGGACUGGCAACUCUAAAAAAUCGCUCCCAUGCAAAAUCUGUGAUUGGUACACCUGAAUUUAUGGCCCCCGAAAUGUACGAGGAGCAUUAUGAUGAGUCAGUAGAUGUUUAUGCAUUUGGAAUGUGUAUGUUGGAGAUGGCAAUAUCUGAAUAUCCAUACAGUGAAUGUAAAGGGCCAGCGCAAAUAUAUAAAAAGGUAAUAUCGGGCAUAAAACCCGCUGCAUUAUCAAAGGUCGAAGACCCAAAUGUGCGUGAUAUUAUCGAACGAUGUAUCGAACUCAAAAAGGAGGAUCGCCCCAGCUGUAAUGAGCUGUUGGAAUCUGAAUUCUUUGACGAAGACAUUGGCAUACGUGUGGAGCCGACGGCAUCUGAACAGUUCCUUUCCGAUCCAAAUAUCAGUAUCAUUGAGUUUAGAUUACGUUUCAUGGAUCCAAAGAAACGUUCAUCCAGGCAUAAGGAAAAUGAAGCUAUACAAUUUGAGUAUAAUAUCAAGCAUGACGAAUAUGAGAUAAUUGCCCAGGAAAUGAUGAAAGAGAACAUCAUCUCAGAGGAUGAUUCUCGAGCUGUUGCUCGUCUAUUGAAGGUGCAGGUUGUUUCACUGCUAAAAGAGCGUGCCCAAAGGCAAACGCAAAUGAAGUUGCAAAAUGAAAAAUCACGCCUAGAGAAAUUGGCUCUGCAGAAGCAAAGGGAAUGCUUACCACCAAAUGUCGAGGAGGAGGAGGACGAAGACGAUGAAUCGGAGGAUGAAGAGGAUGGUGUUAAGUGGAAUCAACGUUUACAGUUAAAGUAUGAUUUAUUAAAUACAGACUCGGAGACAAGUCUGGCAUUAUCAACGAAUAGCGCUGAUCCACAAACUUUGGCAACAAGAUCUACCACAUCUAUGCAAAAUGGUGGAACACACCAGCAGCAACAUCAGCAGCAACAACAACAACAACCACAGACAGUCCAAGGAGGACCAGUUGCUGUUGCCAUUCCCCAGUUAAUCUCAGUGCAACCACAAGUGAUUGCAUCACCUGCCAUAUCGAUGCAACAGCAGUCUACAGUCCAUUACAUACAGAAUCCUCAGAUGGCGUCCUAUCAAAAUUCGCCCAACCCAAUGCAGGAUAUAUCGAAUAGCCAAGUGAUCUCACCUACGGGUAGUCAACAGCAGCAGCACCAACAACAACAGCAGCAGCAACCGCAGCCACAACAACAGCAGCAGCUUCAGAAUCCUAACAUGGUGGUGUCUGUUAAUGCCAAUCACCAGCAGCAGUCUGGUCCGCCACCACAACAGAUAUUAUCAACAGUAGUAGGCCAACAGCAGCAGCAGCAACAACAACAGCUUGUCCCUUCGAUUCAUGCGGUAAUGUCAAACCAACCGCUCGAGCAACAAUUGGUGGAUCAGCAAAAGAGUCAACAGCAAAUACCUUUGCAGCAGCAACUACAGCAACUGAUGCAAACGAAUGUGCAGACGUCGGACUUGGGUCAGCAGCAACAGCAACAAUAUUAUCCACAGGCACAACAGAUGCCUAUGAUGCCGCAGCAAUUAUAUCCAGUCCAGCAACAAGCUCAGCAGCAGCAGCAGCAACAACAACAAAUUCAGCAGCAACAACACCAUCAAAUGCAACAGCAGCAACAACAAAUUCAGCAGCAGCAGCAACAAAUUCAACAACAACAAAUGCAACAGCAGCAGCAGCAACAACAACAACAACAAAUUCAGCAACAAAUCCAAAGUCAUCAACAGCCGCAAUAUCAACAACAGCAACAACCUACGGCAGCGUUGAUUCAACAACAAAUCGUUCAGCAACAUCAUUUACAGCAGCUACAACAGCAGCAACAACUUCAGCAACAGCAGCAGCAGCAACAACAACAAUACGUGCAGCAGCAAUAUCAUCAACAUCAAUUGGCACAGCAGCAACAUCAACUAUCUUUAUCGUCGCACAAUCCACAAUUGAAUAUGCAACCACUCGUAGCUGGUACCCAAGUGAUUGCUGCACCGCAGCAGCAGCAGCAGCAACAGCCACCACAAGCAACACCAGUGCAAAUGCAUAUACAGAUGCAAAUGCCACCACAACAAUCAUCUGUACAGCAGCAGCAACAGCAGCAAUCGUAUACUCCUAACCCACCAACAACAGUUCAGCAAAUGGCACCGCCAAUGGGAGCUGUUGAGCAACAACAUGCAAAUUAUACGGCCCUACAGCAGCAGCAGCAGCAGCAACAGUUUUUGCAGCAACAACAACAACAACAACAGCAGCAGCAGCAACCGUUGCAAACAUUGCAACAACAACAGCAACAGCAAAUGACUUUGCCAUUGGAACAACAAUUGCAGCAGUUACUCCAUACUCAGCCACAGACACAUAUUGGUCUUCCGAUCGUUCAACAGCAACAACAACAACAACUAGAGCAGCAGCAUCAGCAGCAGCAUCAAAUUUCCAUACAACCGGUGGUAAAUCACAAACAACCACCUGCAGCAAUUGGACAAGAACCAACUGCCACGCUUGUCGUUUCCUCUUCAACUGUUCCGAUCAAUUCCAUUCCGAAGAAUAUUGAUGCUGCUGUUCCCUCAGUUGUAGAUCAACAUGCGGCAGCAGCAGCAGCAGCAGCAGCGGCGGCAACAGCAGCAAUUGAUGCGGAAAAACAACAAAAGCAAAGUGGUGCUGGUGGUGCAACAACAUCACGUUCUCAAAAGCCUCGUCGCUCCAAUCGUAGCGGCAACGAACGUAUUCCCAAAUUGAGUGUUACUAGCGUGGACGAAGGAAGCGUCAUCAAUUGUCACAUGGAAAAUAAAUUGAAAACAAUAACAUUUAAAUUUGACAUCGGUGAUGUUAAUCCCGUUGAGAUUGCCAAUAAAUUGAUCGCUCAGGAUUUGCUUUCAAAUUGCCAAAGCACCGUGUUUGUGGAAAUGAUUAACGAAAUUGUCGAACAGGUCAAACAGAAUCCUAACCAAAUUCCUAUUCCAAGCAGCUAUCGCCGCAAUAUUGAAAAGGUUCGUCACGCGUCUCUAACUCGACAGCGUUCCACAUUUAGAACACAUCAAAGACAUAGAUCUCGGGAUGAAACCGCCAGCGAUAUCACUAAGAUGUUUGAGCCCACCAUACAUAGCGUGGAAGCUUUAGCCUCAGGCGGCACAGAAGCCGCAGCUGCAGCCGCUGCCGCCGCCACCGCCACCACCACCACCAAUCCGGAAAACCAAUCCCGUUGUCCAGAUGCCGGCAGAUCGCAGUCAUCUCUUCCAAAUAAUGCGGAACACAAGAAUGUUGCAACACCACCAACAACCAAUUCAACAAUGUCAUCAUCUUCAACAGCAUCGAGGGAUGCGGCCAAUAAUAGUAAUGAUGUGACCAUUGGAUCAGGUUCCGUUUCACGCAAGACAAGCACAGCAUCUGAAUACACUUCGUUAUCGAUUGACUGUAUGCCCGAUAGCAAUAUAACACCGACAGGUGGCAAUGAACAACUCCCAACUCUGGAUGGCGGCACAAUGGAGAAGGCUCCCUUGUCCGGUGGCCAUGUUAUAAGCCGGGUACAAAUGCUCCUUGAAUCCUCGGUACGGGGUGCCACGCCUCGCAGCCUGAACUUACCAUUGAAUCGUCAUUUGAAAAUCGAAGAGGAUCUAAAGCACACCAGAAGCUUGGAUGAUUUGAGUGAAGUGAAGAUUACAUUUGAUAUGCCACCCAGCAAGACGGCUAAGCAAAUCAAUGAUCGUGAUCAGACGGCCGUGGGCAUAGCUGCAGGAACAGUGGCAGAGAAACCCAAAGACAUAGCUCAGGCGGCAACCAGUUCGGCCAAUACGCUUGAACAAUUGAAAAUUGAGCUCGAAAAUAUAACGCAUGCCCAUGCGUUUGCCACUGCCGUGGUGGCGUCCAUUAAUAGUCGUAUUCCCCAUCAGGCAUCGCCGUCAAUUACAUCGAUAAAGUCCUCGUCGACGCCUGGUCCUGGUCCUGCUCAGCAGCAUCCGCAAGAGAUAAACAAGUCAGGCAACUAUGUUGUCGCUGGUACUGUUGCCUCAUUGGGACAAAAUACACCAACUGCAAUGUUGACAUCGACACGUGGCUCGGGCUCAUCUGUUUACAAUUCUCGGCGCACUUCCAUCGACAAUAGUGUGGGCUCUGAUAUGCAAUUUCAGCAUGCCAUGCCACCGAAUCUUGAGGGUGGACUUCCUGUUGUUGCAAGUACUGAAAAUACACCAACUGAGAUGGCAACUGGGCAUAGUUCCUCUGGGGCGGUAAUAGCGGCCAAUGAGAAACAUCUCUCGAAACAGGCGAGUCUCGAUAAAUCUUCGACCACAUCGGUUAUUGGCAAUAGCUCUGAUAAUGCACAUAAAGCACCCAGUAAUGGGUCGAUAAAUCAAAGUUCUAUAGCUGAUUUGGAGAAAAAAUUGGCAGCAUUACGUAAUACAGAUAAUUCUGAAGAGCCACCGGCAGUUGCUUUGCCUGUAUUGGCUAAACCACCUGAUGACCCUCCUCCUACAAAUCCAAGUGCUCGUAAAAUUUCACGUUUCAGUGUGAGUCGCGUACAGGAGCAAAAGAUUUCCACUGGGACGGAUGAUGGUAUGCAACAUCAGCUUAAAAUCGAUUUGCAUGCGACAGGUCAUGCUGGGCAUGCGCAGAAUAAUACUGCGAAUACCAAUGUGCAAAACGGCAGUCUGAUUAGCACUCCCACGGAUCCAAUAAACUCUCCCAUUCAAGGUGUUCCAUUGGCCAUUAAUGGCAUACAAUUGAUGUAUCAACAGCAGCAGCAACAGCAGCCGACACAUAUGAUGCCAAAUGGAACUCAAGCAACGUUGCCUAAUCUACAGCAGCAAGUGAUAAAUACAAACAUUACACAGCAGCAGCAGCAGCAGCAACAGCAGCCUCCUUUGAAUGGGCAUCCACAAUUAGUUAAUGCACUUCAGCAACAGCAACAGCAACAACAUCAGCAGCAGCAGCAGCAGCAACAAAUUCCACUACAGUCUAAUCCGUCGCUUAUACCUCAGCAACAACAACAGCAGCAGCAAAUUAUUCUGCAACAACAGGCCACACAACAAUUCACGUUACCAACAUCACAACAACAACAACAAUAUAUGGCAGGACCACAGCCUAGUCAAAUGCAUCAGCUACCGCCGCAAGUUGUAAGUGUAUCCCAGGGAAUGCAACAACAGCCACAAUUGGCUCCAAUGCAAACCCAAAUGACGACUACCCAUCAGAUGGUUGCACAACAACAACAACAACAACAGCAGCAGCAGCAACAACAACAAUUGCAUAUGCAACCUCAACAAACAGUAACUGCCAUAUAUAAUCAGCAGCCAAUACCCACACCCCAAACCUUCCAGAGCGCUGUACCGACCCAGCUAUUGCAACAGGCGCCAUUGAUUGGUGCACAGCAGCAACAGCAGCAGCCACAACAAAUGCAGCAUGUCCUCCAACCGCUUUUCAAUGCAGGCGGCAAUGAAGUUGCAGAGGAACCUGUAUCUUUGGCAGCUACACAUCCGCACUUGCUACCCAGCGAUAUCCAAUCUGAUAUAAAACAUAAUCUAGACUCGUUGGUAAAUCAAUUGUGCAAUACUCGCUUGGGUACAAAUCAACAUCAGCGUCUGCUUCUUUUGCGGCAAAGACAGCUCAUUGAAGAGGAUGAACUGCGCUUGAAACACUACGUUGAAUACGAAAAGUUUCAAAAAGCUCUACGCCAAUCAAUAAGCACAAACGUUCCAGCGCCUACCGCAUAUUAUCCUACUGCUGCCCAGCUUCCGACUACUUUGACAGCACCAGUAGCAGCAGCACCACCUUCAUCAAAUCCAACAUCCACAAGCUCUGCAAAUACAUAGCUCUGUUCUAACAUUCGAUCCUCAUAAUCUUGACAACCCAUAUUAAUAAUAGACAUUUAAAAAGCAAGUGUUCGCGUCGGCAAUAUAAUUGGCCUGAGUUGUUUUGUGGGUUCGAACCUGGAGAGUUAGUUCUUAAGAUAAGUUGUCGAGUGUUAGGGGAGUGCCUGUAAAUAUUAGUCACACGGUUCUAUAUGAUUUGCCAUGGUUUGUUUCCCCAAUGCCCCCCUUCCUAUCCUAUAUAUAUAUAUAUAUAAAUAUGAAUAUAUAUAUUAUUAUUUUUUUUUUGUUUUGCUUUUGUUUUCAUUAAUUUAUUCUUUUUCCUUGAAUAUAUAUGGGCUUUCUUUGAUUUGUUUAAAAUCAAAUCAAAUCAAAAAACAUAAAAAAAAAACAGAAAAAAAAACAUUUUUGAAUUUUACAUAAGAAAAUUGUACAUUUUGUUAGUCUUAAAGUGUAAAUAAAAAAAACAUUUCAAUAAUGUAAUAAUAUAACAAUG